AGAUUAUUAGCAAUGGGAGGUAUAAGAGCAUAGUGCAUAGGGCCAUGGUUAGCAGCGAGAGCACGAGGAUUUCAGUUGCGACUCAGGUAACACCUCCUAUUGAAAAUGUUACUUUUGCUCCUGCGCCAAAGUUGCUUGAAAGAUCUGAUUGCUCUACUAUAUUUCGUGGCAUCACAUUCAAAGAGCUCCUUGCAUUAAAAUAUCAGCACAAAUCGAUGAAUUCUAUUAUGGAUUUUAUAAAGGUGUGAUUUGUAAUAUAAAAUUAUAAAUCAAAAUAAUGUUGUGAGGUAGUAUGAAUUUCUAUGAGAUAUUAUAAAGAACAAUAUGAUGAAAUCGAAUGUAACCUAUAAAGCAUUAUUAUGUAUAAAAAACUUCCUCAGCUAUGUUAUGUCAACAAAAUGUAUUACCAUGUGUGGGUAUGAGGGGGCUAUCAUCCGCAGAUUAUUAUUGUAAUUUGUAAGUGUGAAUCUGCCAUUAUUGUUGCAACUAUUUUGAUAAUUGUUGGAAAUAGUUGUGGAUUAUGCAUAAUA